GGGACUCCUGGGGCCGUGGGAGCCUCAUGGGUCUUACCCCUGGACUCCCAGACUGCCAGGGUCCCUUCCUCCAGAGCCCGGUCACCUAAGGCCUGAGCCCCCGGAAAGAGGGAGGAGGGUCGAUUUCAAAUACCCCCAGCCCCGCCUCUUCCCCCUGCCCACUCAGCUUCCUCUCUCUGCGAGGAACACUUUCACUUCCUGCUACUCCAGGCCUCCCCUCGGAGAACAGGUAGGGGUCCCCAGGGACUGAGCAGCUGGCAUCAUCACCCCCCCACUGACCCACUGCCUCCCUGAGGUAUCAGGCAGCUGCCGCCAUCCCAUCCUGCCCAGCACCACCCAUCUCCUUCUCCCCUUCUCAUGGGACCCAGGCAAGCAUCUGUCUCCCUCCCCCCACCCCUCCUGACUGCUCUCCCCUGGCCAGGGCACCUGCUCUCUGUCCCCCACUUCCUAAUACCCUGGGCUUCUGGUCAGUGGGCUGAUUGAUUUGUUUAGCUGUUUAUUUUCCAUCCCCUGUACCCACCCCAAGAAGAAUGGAAGCCCCUGGGAGCAGGGGCCUAUUCUGCCCAUCACCCUCUUCCUCAGGCACCCUUUUCCCCUACUCUGGGCCUGUACUCAAUAAAUAUUUGUUGGAUGUAUGGGUGCACGGAUGGAUGGAUGGAUGCAUGGAUGGACCUAGGACUCCUACUCCUGGGACUGCUGCAGGGAAAAUAUUUUAGAAUGCCCACCUUAACUGAUAACCCACUGUAGGACUCUCUACCUGGUUAGAAGGGUUGGGGUCCGAUGGAUAGAGGGACAGAUGUGUGAUAAAGCAAAAAGAAUAAUAGUAAAAUCUAGGUAGCGGGUAUGUGGAUGUUCCCUGUAAAAUGAUUGCAGCUUUUCUGAAUGUUUUAAAUCUCUCAUAACAAAACGUUGGGAGAAAAUAUCUGAGGGCUCCCCUGUGGUCUGGGAAGGGAGGGAGAGGAAAUGUGGUAUAACAUUUGUCACCGUUACAGAGUGCCUGCUGUGCGCAGAGCCCCUUUCCGGGCACUGUAUUUUGACAAGGUUGUUAGUUGGCUGGUCCACAUUCAUAAGGCUGCACCGGAUGUUAUAAUCUGAAAUAUUACCCUACCGCUUGGUAAAUAGCUAUCAGUUUGAGUCAUCUUCCUCCCCCACGACGUCAAGACUCAAGACUCCUGGGAUCCCCAGAUCGCCCCACCAUCCAGCAAAUAAAGAAUUAAUACCUGGCACAGCAACGGGUCUCAAGUCCAUUCUGAUUGGUCAAGGUCUCUGCCAUGCGGGUUGUAAAUAGACUUAUCUUCCUCCCUGCCAGAGGCCAGACCAUGGCUCACUGGCCUUCUGCAACCUGAGGAUGAUGGUACGGCCAGAGGACAAGGCCUCAGCAGGCCCCACCGAUGGGGAGAGAGGACAUGGGGGGUGUGGCAGAUCCCAGAGCUGGAUGCCCAGGAUGCAAAAGCCCUUCUGGAGCUGUGGCCACCAGGGAAAGGUAGCUGCAGGCUCCAGUUCUGCUCCUCGGGUGACAUCAAGGCCAUCUUCUGUGCAAUUCUCCUGGACUUCCCUCAUGGUCAUCCAGUGGCUGCCCCAGACCCAAGCACAUGUGUGCAUUCCAGGCAGGAGGAAGGCAGAAAGGAGGCACCAGUUGCACUGUUUUCUUUUACUAGGAAAAACAAAAGCCUUCACAAUUGCUUCAGAAUAUACGGAUAAGGCCCAGGUAGCAACAUUUUUAAAAGCUCACCUGGGAGUUAUACAGAGGUGAGAACCACUGCCUACAUCAAUCAUUAUCCAUCUUCUAUGGCUGGGCCUAUUAAUGCCCUGAAUAAAGCUGGAGUUCUGCAAGGAACAGGGAAUAGAUCUGGAUAAAGCAACUAACAGGUAUACCACAGUUUCCUCCUCAGGGAGGCUUUCUCUUUGUAGUUAGAGAGAUGGCUGGCCCCAGCUCAGGGCCACAUCUCGCCAGCUUAGCAACCUCAGUGUAAAAAGAGGUCUCUUUCCAAAGAGCUCCAGCAAAAAUCCUGUGGAAGAUUUCCAUUGGCUGAGCUUGGUGCACGUGCCCAUCUCUGAACCAAUCACAGUGGUCAGAGAACACUGUCAAUCCUAUUGGCUAGGUCAGGUCAUGGACCCACCCCUAGAGCUUGACGGAGAGUUAGUCACCCACAGGACCUAGAGUAGAGAGUGGAGUAGAGAAGAGAGUUUUCUAAAGGAUAUUUGAGGUGUGGAACCCAAAAUAAGGGCAAUGGAUGCUAGGCAGGCACAAAUCCUCUUCAAGCUGAACUUUGCCUCCAUUCCCCCAGAGUUUCCUGGUCAUAGGACAUGAUCCCAGACAGGUCCUUGUGUUGAGGACAGGACCUUCACCAGGGGAAAUCAACACCUACCAGAUCCUGAAACUUCCUGGAGGUGUGUCUCUGGAGUCCUCUAACCUCUGCAUGUCAGACCUGCCCCAUCUCCUGGCCUUCCUAUCAGCCAGCAGGGAUGUUUUGCCCAGAACACUGCUCUUGCCCCCUCCCACUCUAGGGCCUGGAGACCAAAACACAGAUCCUCUGCAGAUUGGCAGCAUCCAACUCAACACCUCAGGGAGGGUGUUCUUUGUGGUGAACAAGCUCUACCUGGAGACCCACAGAGGGUGGGAGAUGGAGCAGACGCCCCCAGAGACAACUCCAGAGACUGCCGAGAGACAUGGUCCAGCCCCCAGGACCCCAGCCCCUCACCAGGUCUCCUGGGUGGAAGGCCCACUCAGCCCAGAAGUACACCAUCCUAGGCCAGCUCUGGCCAGCCUGGUGGAAGAGAAGAAGGAGGAUGACUACAAAGAUGAAGAAGAGGGAGCUGAGGAUGCGCUCACGCGUCACAUCCGGGCUCUAGCCAGGGCCCGGGGCAGCUACGUGGCCAGGCAGUUCCGGGGCUUUCGGGUGCGCCUCACCUCAGAGGCUGAAGGUCCCCACAGGCCUGGGGACCCGGCCACAGAGCUGCUUCAGGAUAUGCGGCACCUCCUUGCUGACCUCCAAGAUCACUUAGCAAAGGACCCCGAUGUCAGGGCUGUCUUUGAGAGCAGGGCUCCCGGGGCCUCCCAGAAGGACGAGGAUCUAGGCCCCGCGGUGGAGGCGGCCCUGUGCCGGGCGGUGCUGGCGCCUCUGAAGCCGGCCCUGUGGACCCGACUCCGCACGCUCCGCGCCCCAGCUCUGCGGCAACUGCGGCGGCGACAGAUAGCCCUGCGGGCGGAGGCGGGGCCUCCGGGAGCUCAGGGGGCGGGGCAUGAGAGGCGGGGCCCCGUCCCCGCCCUGCGAAGCCGCAUCCACGCGCGCCUGGCGCGCCUCCACUCAGCCUGCGCCCCACGCCGCAAGGUGUCGCUCCUGCUGGCGGUGUGCAGUGACGUCUACGAGGGCCUGGCUCGGGACGAAAACCAAGAGCCCCUGGGGGCCGACGCCUUCCUGCCAGCGCUAACAGAGGAACUAAUCUGGAGUCCGGACAUUGGGGAGACUCAGCUUGACGUGGAGUUUCUCAUGGAGCUCUUGGAUCCGGACGAGCUACGAGGAGAGGCCGGGUACUACCUGACCACGUGGUUUGGGGCCCUGUACCACAUUGCCCACUACCAGCCCGACACGGGCCGCGCGCCCCAGGGGCUCAGCUCUGAGGCCCGGGCCUCCCUACGCCAGUGGCACCGCAGGCGGACGCUGCAUAGACAGAGCCCCACCGAAGCCCAGGCCAAGCUGCCCUUUGAGGAACCAUGGGCAAUAGAGAUUGUGCAAGAGGCCAGUGAUGAUUAGAGUCUCAGACCCUUCUGCUCCGCAAGCAAGAUUCGGGAGGCACCUAGGGCAGCACCAACUUCUGACCCCUGUAGUUUAGACUAGAGGCAGCAAGAAGGAGGGGCUCCCAGGAAAAGGAAACGGGUAUGAGGGAAGACCUCUGAGCCUUUGCAUUGGCUGUCCCUGCUUCCUGGAAUGCCAUUCCCGGAUAUCCACACUGCUCCUUCCCUCCCUUCCUUCAGAUCUUUAGGCAGAUGUCACCUUCUCAGUGAGGCUCUCUUCCAGACACCCCUGUCUAAAACCACAGCUUCUCUGGCUUGCCCUUUCUGUGGUAAACAGAAUAAUGCCCCCCCAAGAUGUUCACCCCCUAAUCUCCAUACUCUGUGAAUAUGUUACCUUAGUGGUAAAAGGGACUUUACAGAUGUGAUUAAAUUAAGGAUCUUGGACUUCUCUGGUGGUCCAGGGGUUAAGACUCUGCGCUUCCACUGUGGGGGCUGGGGGUUCGAUCCCUGGUGGGGGAAGUUCCGCAUACGGUGGGGUGCGGCCAAAAAAAAAAAAAAAUUAAGGGUCUUGUGAUGGGAAGAUUACCCUGGAUUCAGGUGGGCCCGAUGUAAUCCCCAGGGUCCUUAUUAGAGGGAGGCAGUGGGGUCAGAUUCAGAGGAAGAGAUGUGAUGAUGCAAGCAGAGGUCGGAGUGAUGUGUCCAGGAGCCAAACAAUGUAGGCAUCCUCUAGAAGCUGAAAAAGACAAGGAAUGGAUUUCCCCCUGGAACCUCCAAAAGGAACUCAGCUUUCGAUUUUGUUUUUUUUUAAUUAAAGUAUAGUUAAUUUACAAUGUUGUGUUAGUUUCAAGUGUACAGCAAAGUGAUUCAGUUAUGUAUAUAUAUAUAUUCUUUUUCAGAUUCCUUUCCAUUAUAGGUUAUUACAAAAUAUUGAGUAUAGUUCCCUGUGCUAUACAGUAGGUCCUUGUUGUUUACCUAUUUUAUAUAUAGUAGUGUAUAUAUAUUAAUCCCAAACUCCUAAUUUAUCUCUCCCUCCCUCCCUACCUCUGCUAUCCCUUUUGGUAACCAUUAGUUUGUUUUCUAUGUCUGUGAGUCUCUUUCUGUUUUGUAAAUAAGUUUAUUUGUAUCUUUUUGGGGGGAAGGGAUUCCACAUAUAAGUGAUACCACAUGACAUUUGUCUUUCUCUGUCUGACUUACUUCACUUAAUAUGAUAAUCUCUAGGUCCACUCAAGUUCAGCCUUUGAUUUUAGACCCUAAGACACAUUUUGGACAUCUGACCUUUAGAACUGCAACAGAUUGGAGUGAUGUGGCCACAAGCCAAGGAACACUUUCCAGAAGCUGGAAGAGGCAAGGAACGGAGCCUGCAGAACAAGUGUGGCCCAGCUGACACCUUGAUUUCAGCCCAGUGAUACUGAUGUUUAAUUUCUGGCCUCCGGAACUGGAGGAGAAUAAAUUUCUGUUGUUUUAAGCCA